CCGGACUGUGUGAACUUUAUGCAGACCUUGAACUUCUUUGAGCUCCGGUUGAUACUUAACCCCAAGACAAGACAAUCUCCCAUGCUCAAUUUCGGCUUCAAAGGAUGUGGACAAAACUUCCUCUCAGUAUGGAAGGUGCUGGAUGGAAAAGCAGAAUAAUGGUUCCGUUUGUCCUUGGUACCAUUAUCACCUUGUAUUGUCCCAUUACUCAGUCAGCUAAUAUAUUAGUUGUACCUGCUGGUGCAAGUCAUUGGAUCAAUAUGAGAAUUCUCUUGGAAAAACUGAAACCUCUUGGACACAACAUCACGGUGCUUUAUCUUGAGGGAAGUUUGUACAUCACAGAAAGACCAGAUCUAUAUCAAUCUAUCAUAGUUCCAGAGUCAAACAUUGAAGGAACUGACGUCAUGGGAAGAAUUCUACAAAGAGCACUGCAACUUGCACAGAAUGGAUGGACCUUCAGGGACAAUAUUGAGUUCCAAUUUGAAAUUCUACAUUUUACGCAUAACCGUCAUAAGAUUACUCAUUGGUUUAUUGCUGAAGUUUUUGAAAACAAAACGUUGCUAAGCCAACUUGAAAAGGCAAAUUUUGACUUGGUGCUUACAGAUCCUGUUUUUCCCGCUGGACCUAUGCUUGCCUAUUAUUUAAAACUUCCCCAUGUGUAUAAUGUUCGAUGGCUAGAAAGUGGUGAAGCUCAUUUCCUCUUGGCCCCAUCACGACCUUCCUAUGUCCCAAUCACUAACUCGCAUCUGACAGACAAAAUGUCUUUUCUACAAAGGACACAAAAUGUCAUCCAAACUCUUAUUCAGCUAUCCGUUUCAGAACUUUUCAUUUACCCCGACUACAAUAAGCUCUGCCAUCGAUAUCUGGGACCAGACACAGAUGUCAAGACAAUUCUCCUGCAGGCUGAUGUGUGGAUGGUAAGGGUUGAUUUUGUAUUUGAAUUCCCAAGACCCACCAUGCCAAAUAUUGUGUACAUUGGAGGCUUCCAGUGUAAACCAGCCCAACCACUAGCAGCAGAGUUUGAAGAGUUUGUCCAAAGCUCAGGGAAGCACGGACUUAUUGUGAUGUCAUUGGGGUCCAUUGUCAGUUCCUUGCCAAUGCGGAUCACAAUGCAAAUAGCAGAGGCUUUUGCUCAAGUACCCCAGAUGGUUAUUUGGAGAUAUGAUGGAGAAAUCCCUCCCAAUAUAGGAAGUAACACACUACUGGCAAAAUGGAUCCCUCAGAACGACCUGCUAGGACACCCCAACACACGAGUCUUUAUUUCUCAUGGUGGCACCAAUGGCAUUUACGAAGCCAUCUACCACGGGGUGCCAGUGAUUGGCAUGCCUCUAAUAUUUGACCAAUUUGACAAUGUAGUUAGGCUUGAAUCCCGAGGAGCAGCAAAAGUGAUGAAUGUUGCAACCAUGCAUUCAACAGAUCUAUUGCAGGCACUUAAUGAGGUGAUAAAUGGUACAUUUUAUCGGGAUAACAUGAACAAACUCUCUGCUCUCCACCGGGACCAACCAGAGUCGCCAAUGGAGAGAGCCGUUUUCUGGAUUGAGUAUGUUGCCCGACACAAAGGAGCAGGGCAUUUGCGCUCAGAAUGCUACAGACUCCCCUGGUACGUUUACUAUUGUGUAGAUGUGAUGAUCUUUCUAUUGUCUGUGUUUCUCUCGGUUACAGUGCUGGUGGUUGUAACAUUGAAGAAACUUUGUAAUAUUGUUUGGAAGAAAAAGCAAAAGACUGAGUAAGGUUACCGCAUUUUGUAUGGGAGAUUGUCAUUUUAGUUCUUUGAAAAUAAUUCAAGGAUAUUUUUUCUGUACUUAAUCCACAAAGCCUCUUUUCCAGAAGUCUUAAAGUUAGCAAAAAAAAAUGCGGGUGUAAGAUGUCAGUGAAAUAUUUGUGUAUAGAAAUAUGCAGGAGGUUUAUAAAUGCUUGAAUCAAAUCUACAAAAGAAGAUGAAUAUCUACAAAUAUUCAAAACUAAGUAACAUUUGUUCAUGUAAUCACAAACCUUUGGGAGUUGUCGGCACAGAGGCCUUUACCCAUUAUCUACCCAAGCAUUGUUUCAUGGCCAAAUAUUACACAGCAUUCCCUCUCAAUCUGUCAGCAUGUUUGGUUCCUUUCCAAUACUCACCAUUGUUGGAGUGCUUGAUUUUUAUGAGGCUUACCCUAGUUUGCAAGUAAUUCCUCAGCCACAGCUCACCAACUGGCAAUGGUGACUCUGAAUCACAGAGUUACGUUACCACAUGAGUAAAUAAGCUUGCUUCUCUCUCUCCCAGAUACACCACCUGAUCAGUAAACUUGCGUAAUUUUAUGAGUGUUAAAUUGCAGCUCAGAUACAAUUGUCUCAUUUACAGAAGGGCAGAUAUAGUGUUGGUGCUGAGCAGGAUUUGCAGAAUUCCUGUGGAUUGAUAAAUCACAUGACAUGUAAUCAUUUUUAGCAUUUAGUUAUGUUUGAAUAUUUC